UGUUGAUUCAACAUUUUCAACAACAACUUUCCAAUAUGGCGUUUAUAAAUGCAAUUCUGGUAUUAUUAGCAAUUGCUGUGGGUGGAGUGACGUCAUACGUCUACCAUGUCAAUAUCCACACAGCUGACGAAUUCUUUGCCGGUACAGAUUGUAAAAUUUAUAUCUCUCUUUAUGGUCAUCUUGGUACACUUUACAGGCGCCGAUUAGAUGGAAAUUUUCAAAUAAACGACAAGGCCGAUACGUUCAUCUAUGAAGAUUAUGGAGCGAUACAUCAAGCCGAUAUAUACAUGAAUCCGAACGAUUGUGGUUUUGGUCCAGAUUGGAAACUCGCAAAAGUUACUAUCACCGAUCGGCCACGUGGUCUUACCAAUGAAAAUGCGUGUGACUGCUGGUUCAGGCCGAAUGAAAGUGAGCAGAGAUCAUUUUCAUUUACAGUUAAUGGAGUUUGGGGUUCCUAUGGUAACUUCUCGGCAUGUACUACAUCGUGUGGUGAGGGGACCCAAUCCAGAAACCGCUACUGCAACAACCCUCCACCCAGAAAUGGUGGAUCCGAUUGCUCAGGAUCAUCAACAGAAGUUAGAAAUUGUCCCGACAACCCACUUUGUCCUGUUGAUGGAAGGUUUGGAUCUUGGUCUAACUAUUCCGUGUGUUCCGUAUCAUGCGGUGGGGGAAUACAGACCCGCACACGAGUCUGCAUUGGACCUGAAAAUGGAGGUAAACCCUGUGAGGGUCCAACAUCGGAAACGAGAGAAUGUAGUACCAGUCCAUGCCCUGUGGACGGUGGUUAUGGACCUUGGUCAGAUUUUGGAGAAUGUUCCAAAACGUGCGGAGGAGGAACACAAAACCGAACACGGUUAUGCAAUAAUCCAGAACCAGCAAACGGGGGCAAAGACUGUGAAGGACCUUCGAUUGAGACGCGUUCAUGUAAUGAAAAUUCCUGUUGCCCCACCGGUGGGGGUAUUCGUUCCUGCGAUGACAUGCCCAGCGGCUUGUACCAAUCAUGUGAAUCCUGUAACCAGUACAUAUCCUGUUCAGACACUGGAAUGCGGGUCAUGGACUGCCCCGUAAAAGAUCCCAUCACUGGAGAACGAUUGGAAUGGGAUAAUAACCUCAAGGCGUGUGUUGCCAACUCGGGGACUUGUACCAAGCCUACCUAAAAAUUCAAAUGUUUGUUUCAAUUUAUCUAAUAAAUCAAUGGAGAAGUUGAAAAGAAAAUUGUACGUACAAUUCAGGCCCGUAGCCAGUUUAGGGAGCUGAGGGAGCGGAAGCUCCCCCCCCUGGCCAGAAAUUCUUUCAAAAUCAUGCAGUUUUUCACCAUUCUGAGAAUUUUUUAGCUUUUUAGCCAAAAUUGUAAAAAAGC